CGACGCAUGCGCAGAGGUCAGAACGCAAUGGCUUGUGGGUAAGAUAGGGUUGCCUGGCGCUGAAGAGGGCUGUAGCCUGGCGCUUGUAGGGAAGUGGUGGCUGCAAGUUAGGGGAGCUGAGGGUCGUGUGUUUAGCUUGUCAGUGAGAUGGACCCUGCGAUUAUUGGGCGCACUCAGGAAACCCUGGGGAAAGUGAUUCGCAAACCUCCUCUUACCGAAAAACUACUGGGAAAACCUCCGUUCCGCUAUCUGCAUGAUAUCCUGACUGAGGUGAUCAGGACAACUGGGUUCUUUAAGGGACUAUAUACAGAUUCAGAACUGAAAUCGGAUAAUGUAAAGGAAAAAGAUGCCAAGAUUCAAUUUUUGCAAAAGGCCAUUGAUGUUGUAGCACUGGUAACUGGAGAACUGCUGACGGUAAAACCUGCUCGAAUUGUGGCUGGCCAUGAACCAGAGAAAACCAAUGAGCUGCUUCAAGCCAUAGGAAAAUGCUGCUUGGAGAAGCUGUCCAGUGAGGAAGCAGUUAAAAGAGUUUUGGCAGGUGAGAAGCCAGAGUCAAGGGGGAAGUCCUUGUCAACUUCCAAAUCUCAGGACAAAGUCAGCAGAGAAGCCAAAGAAGAGGAUCGAAAGAGGAAUAGGCAGGACAAAAAGGAAUCGGAAAUUAGGGAUGGUAGUGGCAGUAGGGAAAGGAGAGAGAAACAUCAUGUGAAAGAAGAGGAAAGGAAAAAUGUGGAGAAGGAGAGAGGGCGGAAGAAAGAGAGCGAGAAAGAUCGAGUGGGAGAGGAAGAGAGAAACGGCUUGAGAGAAGGAGAGAAAAUUGAUAAAGAAAUUAACAAAGCAAGAGAUUCCAAGUUGGAACCGGAGAGAGACAAAAUCAAGGAGAAAGCUAGAGACCGAAAAAGCGAUGGGAGCCGGGGAAAGGAGAAAGACAGAAUCAGAGAAAAAGGAAGGGACAAAGACCAUGAAAAAGAGCGCAGUAAAGAGAGGGAACCAGAAAGGGAUAAAAGAAAAGAGCGAGCAAGAGAGGAUGAAGCACAAAGAGAAAGAGAAGAAGAAAAGAUCAGGCAGCAGGAAAGAACAGUGCGAAAGUCUAAAGGACCAGAUAAUUCACCAAAGAGGGCAUUAGAGGACCCUGUGAAAGAAAACAAAUCUUCAGCAGAUAAAGAGAGACUCUUAAAUGCUGUUAAGACAGAAAGACCUUCUGCUUCAAAAUUACGGGAGAGACGCCCAGCAAAGAUUGAUGUGGAAGGAGAGUCAGACAGCGAAGACGAAAAAGAAUCCGCAGAACCCCCAGCUACAGACCUUAGGGAAAAUCUAGAUGCUCAGUCACCAAAUGUCAUUCAGAGGCGAAUCCCUCGUCCAGGCAGUGCUCGCCCGGCACCUCCUCGAUUAAGGCGACAGGGAAGUGCAGAAGUUCCUGUUCCAGAAAGGAUUGGCAGUGGAAAAGUAAUCGCUAAUGUUAUCGUUGAUAAAGAAAAGGAGGAUGAUGAUGAUGAAUUUGUUGUGGAGGAAGCUCCUCUUCAGUUGCCAGAUAUGCCUGAAAUUGAACUGGGGAAAAGAGUGGAACUGCGAGAAGAUGAGAAACAUGGUGCCCUUGUGAACAAAAUCUUAGAAACCAAAAAAGACUAUGAGACUCAGGCAGAUACAGAAAAUAAGGAGAAAUUAUUGCUAUCCGAUGCUGGAAAGAAAAAAGAGAAGGAUAUGGUGACAAGGGAGAUUGAGAAGCUGCGUAGCUCUAUCCAGACCCUGUGCCGAAGUGCCCUACCCUUGGGCAAGAUAAUGGACUACCUUCAGGAGGACGUGGACACCAUGCAGAAUGAGCUGCAGAUGUGGAGACGGGAGAACAAUCAGCAUGCCAAAGCAUUGCUCCAGGAGCAGAGUGUCACUGAGACAGCUGUGGAGCCCCUGAAGGCAGAACUAGCAGAGCUUGAGCAACUGAUCAAAGAGCAGCAGGACAAAAUAUGCACCAUGAAAGCCAACAUUCUGCGGAACGAAGAGAAGAUCCAGAAGAUGGUGCUGAGAAUUAAUGUGUAGCGUCCAGGGUGGAGUGUAAUUAUAGCACCUACAUGGAUUUUCUUCACUGUUUCCCAUGCCAAGUGAAAGAAAUUUCAGCUGGUCUGUUGUGCUCUGGUUACUGGUACAUUGUUUCUCUUUCAUAAAUCUAUGGAAUCAUUCUCUCUCUCACAGGAGUCUCCUCUUCUCGAAUUCUAUGCUCACUUGCACCCUGCUGCCAUGUUCCUUACCUGCUGAAAGCUGACCUGUGAAUGGCAGAAGAGACUACUCCUGUGCUUUAUGCAAAGCCAUAUGUUUUUUGUCAUUUUAGGGAAAUUAGGGGAAGCUAUACCCAUGUGUAUAUAUACACAGCAAUAUAUAAUGUGUGUAUGUAUAUAUGUAUGUACAUGUGUUUCCCUUCCUUAAACACCACCAGUGUAUCUGCAUUCAGAAUCUGCUCAUUGCUUGGACCCUCUCUCUCUUUCACAAUGCAGAUAACAAUCAAGCACUUUGUUACUCUAAACUGCACUAACACAGUGAACACUCUUCACAUUUUAUAAAUUUUUGCCGCAGCCUAUCUGUUAUCUUUCAUUGACUCUAAUUCUGCUGAAGGAUCUCAGAGUACAUGUGAAUUCUUGCAGAGCACGCAGCUCUUCUUAUGUAAAACAUCCAGUGCUGCACUAUGGGUUAGACAGUUACAUGAUGUAUGGACUUCAACAUUUAUAUAUAUAUUGUUUUGUAUAAGUUAUUUAUAUACACAGAAAUUACAUGCUUCAAAUUUUGUAAACUUAAUUCUGUCAAAUUGGAUGUGUGUUUUUCUUUUUUUAUUCAUUUACAUAUUUUUAAGGGGCUUUGGAAGAAUGAUAAAUAGACAGUACAGUCAUCUUGGAUUCAACCUGAGUGGGGUUAAUGUUUGGUUCAGGACGACCAAUGGGAUAACUGAGCUACAGGUUGGACAUGGGGGGGUGGGACUUUCCUUAUUAUGCCAAAUAGCUAUUUAAUUUAAACCCAACCCUCAUCCCCGACACACACACACGCACCUACGCAAAGACAAAGGGAAUUUAAGGGGUGGAGUAAAAUGUAAUCCCACCCCUUUAAGACCAUGCAGUCACCAAUAAAUCAAUUAGAAAUUACUGUGACCAAUGUACAGCCUAAUGUUGCUCUAUAUAUAGGAUAUACAGUAUUGUACUACCAACUAGGUAUAUGCAGCUUAAGUUGUAAUAAUUUUUUAUUACAACUUAAGCUGCAAUACAUUAUAAUAUCUGCUCGUUUGCCAAGGGUGCCAAACAAACUGAUCUUUCCCUGAUAGGCUCACCUAAGGGGGGCGAUAUUGUGCUGAUGGAUCACAAUGAUGGGGAUACAGGUCUUCAGGGCAAGACGGCAUCAACAAGACUAUGUGGUCCUCAAUCCAAUAGGAGAAUCAAACCAAUUUUCACCCAGAUAUCAGUUGAGUGGGCCCAUCGCAGAAGGUCUGAAGGGACUAAUAGGCAGCUUAUAUCUGCCUGUGUAUGACCACCUUUACUUGCAGAGCAAAUAAUUGCCCAGUGGGGGACAUUCCUUUUUAGAGGAUAAGUAAUACCUUAAUGUGUGUCAUUAUUAAAAACCUGUAAAUUCUAUCUUUGCAGGGAAUUAAACGUUCCAUUUUUAGUAGCACUGAAAAAAACGAAACCAAAAAGAAAUCAAAAUCAGUUACUGGGCCUCUCAAUUGUAAAUCAUAGAACUUCCCUAUCAUUGUCAAGGGAUCCUGGUAGAACAUUAAACUGAUAGAAGCAGCAGAAUUGCAACUCCUCCUCCUAAAGAGCCAUUGGUACCAGUGUAUUACCCUAUGCACGUGGCUUCCCAUUGUAAGAGCACCCUUCCUCUUACCCACUCUAGUGGGGAGACCAACCACUUGUGCACUUAAUAUUUACUCUUGUACCUCAUUCAUUUAUAAUGUUUGCUGACUGGGUUCAUAUAGUUCUCUUUAUUCAACUCUUACUUCUCAGUGGCUCUUUUAUAUUCCUUACAUCACAUUUGUUUUACCCACAUGUGCCGCCCCACAAGGGCAGCUAAAUAAAUAACCCUGUGGAUUCAUGUGGUAAAGUCCUCUUACUUAUUGCUCUGUGCCACAUAUGAUACCGCCAUGGUGAAUUACUUGUAUGCCCUAGUGGGAAGGCCUGUAUGGGAAUCCGGUGAGUAAACAUUAGAAAUGUAUGGUGCAUAACAUUAAAUCAAUGAGGCGGUUGUAAGUGUAAGUAGUCGGAUUUCCUGCAGAGAAAGGAUAUUGGCACAAAAGGAAACCAUAUGCAUAGAGAAAUGCAAUACCCUGCCACCAAUGGCAAGUUAAGAUGCUCCUGCCCUUCAGGAUGGAGAGUCCUCUAAAACAUCUGUAGGGAUCUGAGAUGUAAAUGCACAGAGCUGCACUGAGGGUGCCCUGUUAGAAUGCCGAUUGAUGUACGGCACUGCAGUACAACAUCCAUGUCUCGCUACAGAACUACUUUGAGCACCCACUUACAGUCCAUGAGUGCCCAGCUUGCUGUAGUUUCUGAGUUAGGGUCACACAGGCAGUUUAUAAUAUAAUAUGAAAUGAAUAUGCCCACUGCAGCCAGGUGUGUAGGAAAAAUGCUUUUUAAUAUUCAUGUGUGUGCCACGUACAUAACUGUCCCCCUUUUUGCUACCCUAAUACUGUCCUCCACCUUUUGCCUUUUGUUUAUUGGCCACUUUCCCUUACACUGCUUUCCUACUCAUUAUUUUCCCCACCUUUCCUCUUCCCCUGGUGGCAGUUUGUAUCUCAUGAGUUGGAUUGGGUAAUAGAAACUUGUGGUUGCCCCUCUGGUGAGCACAGUAGUGUGGGGAUGCUGCACAACACUAAGGUACUAAGGGGAACUGAGAAGAGUGCAAGUGAGCGUUGUAUCAUUCAGACCUUUCCUUUGUUUGAGUUUCUGUAUUUUGCAGCCCGGGUGCCCUUAAACUGCUGCUUUAUGGUCAUAAAUUGUCCCCCCGAGAACCCAGUGGGGUCCUUCACUCUCAAUAAAACUAUUUAUUUACAAAC